UGGGUGAAAUCCAUUUCAACUUAGCUUGUGUCAACAGAAAUUGCACUCCACUGUUUUGGGUCUUGCAAGAGCCAUUCAAUUCUCUUUUUCAUUGGGGAUCCCUUGGGAGAAACUUGGAGGGAAAAAAUGUGAUUAAAAUUUUUUAGAUAAUAAAGUCGGCAGUAUGUUCUUAAAUGACUCAAAUCGUUCUUGUCUGGACACAGGUAUAGCAUUGGGCCGUUUAUUUAUUUAUUAGUUUUUGGGUUUCUCAUGGUGAGGGUCCGGCAAAGUGUGUGGUCGUUGCCACGUGAUUCAUACCCACGUAAUUCAAGUCCUUACCUUCCAAGACAGAAUUAUGCAGUUCGGGAAAUGCCUAGCCACCUCUGUUCCAAAUUUUCAGUAGUUGAAGCACAGAAAUAGACCUUUUGUUGAGUUGGAACAAUUUUUUCGUUCAUGGAAGCCAAACCCUUCACCUUCAGGUCGGCCAAUGGCACAACCCCUCUCACCCUUUCCUCCAAUUUCAUCCUUCCCAAGGACAGAAGGCCACUCCUCUCAGAGGUACUCACUUCAGCCUCCAUCCCAAUCAUCGACAUGAGCGAGCAGGAGCAGAGCAGUGGAGAUGAUGGGCGUGCCCACGGUGAACCGUCCCCACUGGUUCAGAAAAUUUCACAAGCCUGCGAGGAAUUUGGGUUCUUUCAGAUCAUCAACCACGGCGUCCCCCGAGACUUAUGCCGGAAGAUGAUGACCGCCGUCGCCCAAUUCUUUCAGCUGCCCCCGGAAGAAAGGGCACAGCUCUUCUCCGAAGAUCCUACGAAGCCAGUCAAAAUUUUGAACUAUAACCUCAAAAUUGAAGGCCAAGAGAAGGUCUCAAUGUGGAGUGAGAGCUUCUCCCACCCAUGGGAUCCAGUGGAUGAUUUUGCCCAUCUCUUGCCCACGAAUCCUCCCCUUUAUAAGGAGGUUGUGGGUGAGUAUGCGAAGGAGAUUGGAGCAUUGGUGAGCAGGCUUCUGAGAUUGUUGUCCAGAGGGCUUGGGCUAGAGGAGGAUUGUUUACAGAAGAGAGUUGGUGAGAGGCCAAGGCUUCGGGCGCAAGCCAACAUGUAUCCACCAUGUCCGGAUCCUGAGCAGACACUGGGGCUGGCUGUUCACACUGACCUUAAUGCAUUGACAGUACUCUUGCAGUCGGAAGGGGUGAGUGGUCUCCAAGUGAUCAAAGAUGGGAAAUGGGUGGCUGUUGAUCCUGUUCCUAAUGCAUUUGUCAUCAAUCUGGGUGACCAAAUUCAGGUUCUAAGCAAUGGAAGGUAUAAGAGUGUGCAUCAUAGGGCCGUGACUAACAAGAAGAUGGAACGGAUGUCGCUGGCAAUGUUUUACGGACCAAACAAGGACACCAUUAUUGGUCCAAUUGAGGAUUUGGUAGAUGAAGAACACCCUCCAUUGUAUCGUAGUUAUCAUUUUGCGCAGUACCUUGAUGAAUUCUUCAAGCAAAUGGGAACGAGGCGUAUGGUGAAAGAAGUUUUCGAGUUGCGACAUCAAGGGUUGUGCGGCUCGUAGGCGAGACUUAACCUGGUCGGUUCUCCAGGUAAGUCACUAUACUCUACACUACUCCAGCUCGGCCAAACUGCAUACACUCCUAAGCUCGGGACUGGUUGCUACCUCGUCAAACCGGCCCCCUCCACCCAGUGAACUAAGGAGUUGCAUACUUUCCGAGCGCGGUCGACGAUUCCUAUAUAGUAUCUGAGGUAUGUGGUUGCACUCUAUCUGUAUCUAGCAACGGUACCGUGCUCUGUAAUCUAUAUUUGUACUGUAUCUGUCUGUAAUCUUUCCACAGGGAUCUGAUACUAUAUAUAUAUACAUACUGUACUCUUUAUAUUGUUCUCAUUAUAUUUCCAAAAUAACCAUAACACUAUAUUACUGUACUAUAAAUACUGUAAUAUCUGUAACAUCUUGAUGCUAUAAUGUGUAAUCUAUCUGUACUUUCUUUC